AUGUCCCUUUCCGAACCAGAGAACGCGCUCAAGAACCUCAGCCUGGGCGACAAACCAGCCCACGAAGCUUCCAACCACAUCAGCUCAUGCACCUCCAUCGACCGAACCCGCUUCGUCGGCAAUCUCGACAUCACCUCCGACAGCCAAGAGCCCCUCCUCAAGGAGGAUGGCCACCGAUUCGUGCUCUUCCCAAUCAAGUACCACGAGAUCUGGGCAUCCUAUAAACGCGCCGAAGCUUCCUUCUGGACGGCCGAGGAGAUCGACCUGUCCAAGGACAUGCACGACUGGGACAACAAACUGAACGCCGACGAGAAACACUUCAUCAAACACGUCCUCGCCUUCUUUGCCGCCUCCGACGGGAUCGUCAACGAGAACCUCAUCGAGAGAUUCAGUGGCGAGGUCCAGAUAGCCGAAGCACGUUGCUUCUACGGCUUCCAAAUCAUGAUGGAAAACAUUCAUUCUGAAGUCUAUUCCUUGCUCAUCGACACCUACGUGCGAGAGCCCACCGAGCGCGGCCAUCUGUUCGAUGCCAUCGAUACCAUUCCCUGUAUCCGAAAGAAGGCCGACUGGGCUCUCACCUGGAUCUCGGACAAGAAAUCGACUUUUGGUGAACGACUGAUCGCGUUCGCCGCUGUCGAGGGCAUCUUUUUCUCAGGAUCAUUUGCAUCGAUCUUUUGGCUCAAGAAGCGCGGACUGAUGCCUGGCCUGACGUUCUCCAACGAGCUGAUCUCUCGAGACGAAGGUCUCCACACCGAUUUCGCUUGUCUACUCUUUUCCCACCUCGAACGUCGCCCCCAUCCCGACACCGUCCAAGCCAUCAUCGCCCAGGCUGUCGAAAUCGAAAAGGAGUUCCUCUCCGACGCCCUCCCCUGCAAGCUCAUCGGGAUGAAUGCUGACCUGAUGUGCCAGUAUAUUGAAUUCGUCGCUGACCGACUUCUUGUGGCAUUGGGCAACGAGAAAUUUUACAAUGCGACCAAUCCGUUUGACUUUAUGGAGAUGAUUUCCUUGUCAGGAAAGACGAACUUCUUUGAGAAGCGGGUUUCAGAUUACGCCAAGGCCGGAGUGAUGACCCGGUCGAGGGGCGAAGACGGAGCAGAGGCCAAGGAAGCAGGCGGGGGUGGUCUCUUCUCAUUGGACGAAGACUUCUAA